AAUCAAGUCCAAACUUUCCAUUUUACAGAUGGAGAAACUGUGGCCAUCGGAGCGCAAGCAAGUGCCCUAAGGGGAGUGGAGCCUGGAACUCACUGUCUCCCUUCUAUUUCUCUCUGAAGAUCUCUCCCAGUGCCCGUUUUGUGUCUGAAGACAGCUUGCAGAACCCAGAAGGAACCUUUUCACCAUCAAGGCCUGGGUCCUGGGGAUGCCCUAAGUGCGCAGGUACCCUGGAAGGGUAGCGGGAGGAACGAUGGUGAAGUGAGUGGCAAGGGGGGCCUUGCGACCCCGGGCGUGUUUCCACCUCUCUCCCCAUAGUGGUCUCCUACGUGGAAUGAAGGGAACAGUUUUAGCCUACGAAGGGUGGUGGGGAGCGGAUGUCCCUCCCCCCUCCCCCCGGCCCCGAAAGCAAGUGGUGAGAUGUCAGCGGUCACUCGGCCGUCCGCAUUCACGCAGUCCGCUUCUCCGACUCCCAGACCUCAGUUUGCACGUCUGACCUAUGGACGCUGUAAGAACGCAAUUGGAAAAAGGGUAGGAAAACCUCAAGACUGCGGACAGCUGCGAUUCUUAUUUAUUGGAUUCUCUAGCGCCCCCGGUCUCCCUACGGAGACUACGCAGGGGCGGGGCUGAGGCAGCUGCGCAUGCACCCUUCAUUUGAAGGGCGGAGCUCUAGGGAAUUUUCACAUUCGAGCAGCGGAAGGAGGGGACCCUGAGCAUGCGCUUUUGGAAAGGGGGCGGGGAGAGGAGCGCCGCGCUCUACGGCUAGAGGGCGUGGCUUGACUUGGCUCAGAAGAGCCCAGUUGGGUUCUCCUCACGGAUGGGGAGAGAGGGGGCGUGACCGAGGCGUGCUUUACGACAGGUGCGCGCGGCAGGGCGGCUUUAGUCUGUGGUGUUGUGGGUGUGUGUGAGAACCGGGGCCUGGAAGGUGCUACUGCAGGCUUGGGCCGUCGUCAUGUCGCACGGGCACAGCCACGGCGGGGGCGGGGGCUGCCGCUGCGCUGCAGAGCACGAGGAGCCGCCCGAACAGCGCGGCCUGGCCUAUGGGCUCUACCUGCGUAUCGACCUGGAGCGUCUGCAGUGCCUCAACGAGAGCCGGGAGGGCAGCGGCCGCGGCGUCUUUAAGCCAUGGGAGGAGCGGGCCGACCGCACCAAGUUUGUAGAAAGUGAUGCUGAUGAAGAGCUGCUGUUUAAUAUUCCGUUUACAGGUAAUGUUAAACUGAAAGGAAUCAUUAUUAUGGGAGAGGAUGAUGACUCACAUCCUUCAGAGAUGAGACUGUUCAAAAACAUUCCACAAAUGUCUUUUGAUGAUACAGACAGAGAACCUGAUCAGACUUUUAGUCUAAAUCGAGACCUCACUGGUGAAUUGGAAUAUGCCACAAAAAUUUCUCGUUUUUCAAAUGUCUAUCAUCUCUCUAUUCAUAUUUCAAAAAACUUUGGCGCUGAUACCACAAAGGUGUUUUAUAUUGGACUGAGAGGAGAAUGGACUGAGAUGCGUCGACAUGAGGUGACUAUCUGCAAUUAUGAAGCAUCAGCCAACCCAGCAGAUCACAAGGUCCAGCAAGUCACCCCACAGACACACUUCAUUUCUUAAAAGGCAAGCUGGGGCUCCCACAGAAGCUUUUGUGUCAGUGAUCAUGUCAGACUAUCAUUUGGGAAGGAAAAAGAUGGGGCUUGAGAGAAUAUAGCUGUUUCAGCUUUCCCCAAAGCUUUGUUGCUGGGGGCCUGAAAAUUGAGGACACCAAACCAUUGGCAAGGGCCAUUGGACUAAGGACACGUUUGGCACUGAGCACUGUAGAAAUUGGGUCUUGAGCCCAUUGGAAAUCUGGAAGUCAUGAAUAGGCUCUUGCUUUCCCAGUUUGGAUAUGGCUGUGGACGCCUGUGUUUUUAUCCUUUUGUGGCAGGACUUGUAUGUGACCUUUUUAAAAUCAGUAAUUAUCACUACUGGGUUGCUUGUAGCAUUCCAAGAUCUUGAGAUUGUGUUCGUGGCAUUUGCCAGUGAGAUCUCCAUCUUGAAACACCUCUCCCUGCUUGCUCCCUCCUGUUUAUGUGAAGUAUUUUGUGUUUGUUGUGGCUAAGCCACUUAGAUCUACCAGGUAGCUGCUACCCCUUCUUGAAGUAUCCUGGGAUUGUGGCUGUAGAACUAGUCUCUUGAUCACAUUUACAGCUUUGCAUUCUUUCUUGCUGUCUCUGGUAACCAAUCCCUGAGGGACAAUGUGUGCUGGGAACUAUUGAUAUGGGUAUAACCAUCCUGGUGGUGACAUUGGACCUUAGGAAAAACAUUGUUUAUGGCAUGAUGCUUAAUUCUUCUUAGCUUCAAGCUAGUGUUCAGGCUCAUGCCCAGAACCAGAAAUCUUUAAACUCUUUUGUGCACAGCUUUCUAUUUCCUGUGACUAAGAAGCUUCCUAAUAAAUCCACACCAGAUAUAA